AUGAAGGAUUUGGGCCCGUUUAGUUAUUUCUUGGGCAUUGCUAUUACUCGUCAUAUAAGUAGUUUAUUUUUAUCUCAAAGGAAGUAUGUGGCCAAGAUCAUUGACCGAGCUGGCAUAUCAUCGUGUAAGCCAUCUCCUACUUUGGUUUCUCCAAAAUUGAAGCUCGGGACUACUACGAGCAUACCGUUUGAGGACCCAUCUCUUUAUGGGAGUCUUACAAGGGCAUUACAAUACCUCACAUUCACGAGAUCGGAUAUUAAUUUUGUUGUGCAACAGGUAUGCUUAUUUAUGCAUGACCCACAGGAUGAGCACAUGAACGCUCUCAAGCGCAUCGUGCGCUACCUACAAGGUACUUUGGAUGAUGGUCUUCACUUUUAUCCCUCUUCCACAACCACUCUUGUCUCGUAUACUGAUGUUGAUUGGGGUGGGUGCCUCGAUUCACGGCGUUUGACUUUGGGUUAUUGUGUCUUUAUGGUUGAUAAGUUGAUCUCAUGGUCCACCAAACGUCAAGCUACUUUGUCCCAUUCGAGUGUAGAGACAGAAUACCGAGGGGUUGCCAAUGUGGUUUCUGAGUCGUGUUGGUUGCGAAACUUGCUUUUGGAACUUCAUUGUUCUAUUCCACAGGCUACUUUGAUUUACUGUGAUAAUGUUAGUGCCAUUUAUCUAGCUGGUAAUCCUUUUCAGCAUCAACGCACUAAACACAUUGAGAUGGAUAUACAUUUUGUACGGGAAAAGGUGGCUCGUGGCCAGAUCAAGUGUAAUUAG